ACGUGUGUCAAUCGCUACAUGAUAAACGUCAGCUCGGUUGUUGGUACUGGCAUAUGUACCGGUGUACAAAUACUAUAAGCAACAAAAUAAAAUUCAUGUCCAUUUAAUUCAUCUUAGUUGCACAUAAUUUAUUAUGAAGGUUUUUUUGUUCAUAAGCUCAGUUUCCCUUUUUCUGGGAACUUGGGCUUUGCCCAGCCAAUCUGAUGUUCCUGAAGACGAAGAGAGGAUCGUUGGUGGAAAUACAACUACUAUAGAACAUUUUCCGUACAUUGCACAAUUAUAUCGUGCAAGUUCAUUUUGGUGUGGAUCUUGCAUUAUUUCACCAAUUUGGGUCCUCACAGCAGGACAUUGCACUUAUCAGCAAAGUAUACAUAACGUUACUUUACGAGUUGGUGCAAGUGAGACUAAUCAAACGGCAAGGACACCAAUUACUCUAGCACGGAUAUACAUUCAUCCCUUGUACAACGCUACAACGGUAGACUAUGACAUAAGUAUUCUCCGUCUGAAUAAAAGUCUUACAUUUGGAAGAAGAGUUGCUGCAAUUGCUUUACCACCAGCCAACGUCGUUUUACCUGCUGGAACCAUAGCAACCAUUGCUGGUUGGGGUAGUUUAGCCUAUCUAGGUAACGCUCCAACACAAUUGCAGACAGUAACGGUGCCCAUUAUUACCAAUCAGGAAUGCGCUCGUCGUUACGCCGGCAGCAACGAAACCUGGGUUUUUGAUAGAAAUUUAUGUGCCGGUUACGAUCAAGGAGGAAAAGACGCUUGUAAUGGUGACUCUGGAGGGCCACUGACAGUGCGUGGUGUUCUUUAUGGAUUGGUUUCUUCCGGUACGGGCUGUGCUGACCCCAGAUAUCCGGGAACUUACACCAAUGUUUCAAGCGUACGUUCCUAUAUCAAAUCCGUUACAGGGCUUUAAGUGUAUGGGUUUCAUAACAUAUUUUUGUGUAGUUUGUAGUUCAUUAGUAUCAAUAAAUGUUAGAUUUAUUACAUUU